AUGAGCUAAUUCGAAACAUAUGCUUAAACUUAAAUUCCUUAGUAAGAUAGAAGCAAACCAAAUUAAAAUCAAUUAUUGGGAACAUUGAAUCUUUCAAGUGGAUAAAAUGAAAAAAAUAUAGAUCAAAAUGAGUAUGUUGAUUUAUAAUAAAACUUAGGUUUGUUCCAAGAAGAUCUUCCUAAACAAAUAAGUAUGAUAUUAAUAACAUAUAGUUAUGGAUAUUAAUAAAAUACUCUUUAAGUUUCACCAUAUCCAUAAUUCAAUUACCCUCUGAUGGGAUAACAAACUAUGAAAGAAUAAGAAAAUCUAGAAUAGAUGUAAAGAUUAAUGAAAGAGAAUGAGACAUUAAGGUAUGUUUAAAAGAGUAAUUAGAUAUUAGUGGAGAACCUUGGAGUAGGAAAAUUAAAAGUUGAAAAAUGAAAAGUAAAGAAUCUAUGUAUAAUAGCAAUCAAUUAAUUAACAGGGAAAAGAAUAAUAGCACAGAAAUUCAAGGAUUGCAGUAUUAUAUAUAUAUAUAUUCUAGAGAUUAAAUACUUUAAUUAAAAAAUGAAAACAAAAGAUUAAUGAAUACAAUUUCAGAUGAUUAAUAUCAGCUUUUAGAUUUAUAAAAAUUAAAAAAGCAAGUGGAACUAAAUAAAGGACUUGAUAAUUAGAUAUCUGAUUUAGAAUAGUAGCUUUCAAUAGCUAAUAAACAGUUAUCAGAACAAAAAAGAUAAAAUUCAUUCUAAGAAAAUGAAAUACAGACUUAGAAAGAUACAAUUGAUAAAUUCAAAACAUAAUUAAAAGAGCUUACAUAAAAUAAUGAAUCAUAAGUCUAAAAGAAUGACACACUAUUAAAUGAUAAUAGAAAGAUGAAAUAAGCAUUAGAUAUGAUCAAUAAGGAUUUAAUUAAUGAAUAAGAAUAAAAUAAAGUGUUAUUUUAAAAAAUGAAUCAAUUAAAUUAGGGAUCAAAAGAUUAGAUUAAUAACUUAUAAAAAAAUAUAACUAAUCUUAAUUUUUAAAAUGAAUAAUUGAAAAAUUAACUUAUCAUAUUAUAAUAAAAAGAAAAAGAAUUGCAAAAUGUAUAAAAUCUAAAUUUAUAAAAUGAAAGUAAAUUAAGGCAGAUGUAAUAACAAAUUUCUGAAUGUAAUUUAAAUUUAAACUUUAGAAUAAAGAUAAAUUGAUUAGUAUACAAUGACUAUUUAAACAGGAAAAAAUGAAUAUUAAAAGUUAGCAGUUAAAACUUAAUCAUAAGAAUAAGAUAUAUGGAAGUUGAAAGAAUAACUUAAUUAAUUAAAUACCCAAAACUAAAUGUUAUAAAACAAAUGCUAUUAAUUAGAAAGAUCUAUAGAUGAUAGUUUAUCAAAAUCUCAAAUUUAAUCUGCAGAUUUAAAAGGAUCCCUUGAUAAAUGGAAAAAUUAUGGUUUAUCUCUUGAAUAAGAAAUAAAAAAAAGAGAAAUGGCUUUACAUCAAUUAGAAAAUGAAUAUGUACAUAUAUAGAGCCUGCUAAAAGGUGCAUAAGAAAAUGAAGUUUAAUUAAGAAAUGAAAGAGCAGUAACAUUAUCAAAAAUGAAAGAAAUGCAUGAUGAUUUACUUUUAUAUGAAAAAAAAUGUAAUUAAUAGGACGGAGGUAAACUUAUUUUUUAUUUAAGAGCUAACACUUUUAUAGGAAUAAAGUAGGAAUAUUCUAUAAAAUUAAGAGAGAUUAGAAUAAGAUAAAUUACAAUUAAAUAAUGAAGUUAAAAAAUUGAUGGAAGAAUUGCUUAGAACUUAAAAUUAAAAUGAUUUAAAAAAUAGAGAUUAUGAUGCUUUAUAAAUGAAACAUGAAUCUGAUAAUAAUAUGAAAGAAAGAGAAGUUUAGAACUUGCAAUUAUAAAAUAAUAUACUUUAAGAAAAAAAUAUUUAAUUAGAAAAUGAUUUGACUAAAGAGAAAGUAUUAAUGAUUUUAAUAUAUUAAGGAAAAAAUAUUUUAAAUGGAAAGUAGAAUAAGGAAUUUAGAGAGUGAAAUUCAUAAUCUAUAAUUUAAGUAAACUUUAUAAUAAUAAUAUUCAUGGAAUUAAGAACCAUUAAACAAUCAUAAUAAUUAAAUACAAUAGACAGAAAAUAGCUUGAUUUAUUAGAGAAUUAAUUAAAAUAAUUCAGGAUUUAUGAAUCCCUAAUAAAAUAAUUAUGGAUUUCAAAAGCCUUAAUAACCAAAACCAACAGAAAAUUCAAAUGCUCCAUAUUAAGUUGAUGAAUUUCCAGAUCAUAGACGUACUAAUUCUUAGCAGCUUAUUAAAAGCAAAAAUUAUGAUUUAAGAUUCUAAUAUCAACCAUAAAAUGUUUAACCGUGAU